AAAGGAGCGUUUAAAGGCUGUAUCGGGGCCCAGGAAGCACAGUGAACUCUGCUUAAGAUAAGAUUCUUGUAGCCAGAAUUGUUCCAUUUUAGACUUUGCAUAUAACAUUACAUUAAUAGAUGUAUAAUCUGUGUACAUUUUGUAGAGAUUAUUACUUGGCUAAACCUAGGCGUUGCGAAUCUUCCUUGCCCCGAUACAGUCGUUUAUCAGUGGAGAUUCAGCUAACUUCCUGACCAGGAAGCCUGGUUUUUGUGGUGAAACUCUUCCCUCUGAGUUGCCAGUAAGGAAAGAGUUAGUGCUGCUCCUCAAAGCAUGCAGUUCGUCUGUGACUAAAGGUGGUGCCUUUGUUUUGAAAUACCUGUUUGACAGGGAUUGUGCUUGGCCUUCCUAAGGUACAUAUCAGGGAUCUAGUCAGUUGGGCUUUUCUGGUUCUACGUGACCAAGACACACCACAAGGCUCUUAAUUAAGAGCAUGAGCAGAGGUGGUGGCGGUGACAGAAGAGCACGAAGAGGUAAAGCAAACAGCUCUCGCCAGUACAGCCGUUUCAAUCACCCACACGAACAGUCCAACUACACUCAGUCGGCACCUAGUUCCUUUGGUCAAGGAGCGGGAAUUGAUCAAUUCCGGAACCAGCAGAUUCUGUUUCUCACUGGGCAAGCUGCGCGAGCACCUAUCUUUCUGCCCCAGCAAGCGUACAGGUACCCGGUAUACUACCAACAGAAGCAGCAAGACUUCCGCCCAGCCGCGCACAGUUCUCUGCCAAGACCCAAAUACAUAAGCCGCGGCAAAGCCUGCUUGCAGCCUGUCACUUAUCCCCGCCCGCCUGCUGUCCCGGCCCAGAAGGGGACCAAGAGCUCAAGGUCAGUUGAUAAUCUGAAUCAACUGUUCUCAAACCUCUGUAAUAUCUCCUUUGGUGGAGGUAUUCAGCAAGAGAUAAUCUGUGUUCUGGGAAAGCUUAAACCGGGGGAAAGCAUACCAGCACGUAAAAUAGCCAAGCAACUUGAAAUUCAGAAAAAAAUUGUCAACCACAACCUGUACAAGUUGUUGGAGGGAAGAAGUGUGAGGAAGGAGGGAACUUCACCCCCACUGUGGUGCCUUGCUGAGGCUGCGGAGGCCACUGUAAGGUCUGAAAGUCAGCAGUCAACUCCUGAGGGCUGUGCCGUAACGCUCCCAGUCAAGGAAGAGAAGCCGGCAUCUGACGACGAAGACAGCUCCGAGGACAGUGUGACUGAGCAGUCCAGCAUGGAGGACAGCGAGAACAACAGGGACAAAAUCUUCCAUUUCCUCUUGGAAAAGAGCAAGGCAACAGCCCUGGAGAUUGCCAAGAACAUCGGGCUGAAGUCAGCCCGACAGGUCAACCCCACCCUCCACAUGCUGGAAAAUCAAGGUGACCUCGACAAGGAGGUGGCCCUCCCGCCCAUUUGGACACUCUCGGAUAGGAAAAGGGAGGUUCUGCUGCGGAAGAAGAAGGUGCACGAAUUGGGCACAACUGUAAUCGGACCUGUGGACGCCAUUCCGGUGGCAAUCAAGUGUGGGAGUGAUGUUACACAAGAAGAGGUUGCAGAGGUCAAAGUCCACGAAGAGAGCAGCAUUGGGAAUGGGCAACCAGUCGCUCCCAAAGGGGAGGAAAAUGACAUGGAGCCAAUGUUACUCACUGAGCCGUUGAUGCCCGACAACAAAACUAUUACAGAGACUAACAAAGUUAAUCACGCCAGGCCGAACUACUACGAUAACACCGCGGGAAAUUGCCAGUGGGCAUCUGAUGAUAUUCCCGAUGACCUGAACAUCAUAAACCGGGUGAGCGCGGCCGGUGAGGUGGUUGGCCUCCCGCAAGGUGUGCUGGCAGGCAAGCCCGGCGGCGACCAGCACCCGGUGCUCUCGCCGACAGAACGGCUUCGUGCGUGCUUAGCAAAGAAUCCGGUGAGCGGCCUCAUGGAGUACUCGCAGGGUGCGUCGCUGCAGUGUGAGUUCAUCCUCCUUGAUCAGACGGGCCCAUCACACGACCCACGGUUCCGGAUGCAGGCCGCCAUAGACGGCAGGAAGUUCCCCCCAGCUGAAGCCAAUAGCAAGAAGACCGCAAAGAAAGACGCGGCAACCAACGCUCUGAAGGUGCUGCUGAAGGAGAUGCUCGGUGAAGACAUCGAGAUUCCUCCUCCUUCGCCACAACAGGAACCCAUGGCGGUAUUGGAGUGCCCAACUGCUCUGAAUGAAGCCAAGAAUGAACCGUGCACUGCCUCUCAACCGAUGCUGCCUGCCGGGAAGAACCCCGUCUGCAUGUUGAUGGAGUACGCACAGAAGUCAGGCAAUGCCUGCGAAUUCCAGCUUGUUUCGCAAAGUGGUCCUCCACAUGACCCCAGAUUCACCAUCAUGGUUAAAUUGGGCAAUGAGACCUUUCCCGCUGCCACAGCAAACAGCAAAAAACUGGCCAAGAUGCUUGCAGCAAAGACGGCUGUCCUCCUCCUCCUCGGGAAUUCUCCUCAGUUUCCUGCAAGGCCCUCAGACAUGAACACAGAGAAUUCUGUCGCACAAAACCCCGUUCCAUCUCUGGCGUCAAUGGACUUCGACACUGCCCAGUCGGGAGGCCUGGGUGAACUGAUCACCUACCUGAACAAGAACCCCAUCGGUGGCCUUUUGGAAUACGCACGCUCGAAAGGCUUCGCAGCAGAGCUCAAGAUGAUCGAUCAGUCGGGCCCACCGCAUGACCCAAGGUUUACCUACCAGGCGAAGGUCGGGGGCCGCUGGUUCCCUCCGGUGAGUUCAAGCAGCAAGAAGCAGGCGAAACAGGAGGCAGCAGACGCCGCACUCCGUGUCCUCAUUGGCGAAGGUGAGAAGGCAGUGCGGACUGGAGAAUUCAGCUCUGAGCUGCCCAUGUCGGGAGGCACGAUGCAUGACCAGAUUGCCAUGCUCAGCCACCAGUGUUUCAACAACCUGACUGCCCGCAUUCAACACAGCCUGCUGGGCCGCAAGAUCCUAGCCGCCAUCAUCAUGAAGAAGGGCGAUGAGGACCUGGGGACCACGGUCAGCCUGGGCACAGGUAACCGAUGCGUUAAGGGGGAAGAGCUGAGCCUCAAAGGAGAGACUGUUAACGACUGUCAUGCUGAGAUUAUCUCACGGAGGUGCUUCAUAAGAUUUCUGUACAGUGAACUGUUGAAGUACAACCCCAACUCUCCAGGUGACAGCCUUUUUGUGCCAGCACAGGACAACAGGUUACAGAUUAAACCAGGAAUAACAUUUCAUCUCUACAUCAGCACCGCCCCGUGUGGAGAUGGCGCCCUGUUUGACAAGUCGUGUAGCGAGCCGCCGACGAAAGAAGGAGACAAUUCGCAUCACCCACUGUUCGAGAACACGAAACAGGGCAAACUGCGUACCAAGGUGGAGAACGGUGAAGGGACCAUCCCAGUGGAGUCAAGUGACAUUGUGCCGACGUGGGACGGGAUUCAGCACGGCGAGAGGCUCCGCACCAUGUCCUGUAGCGACAAGAUCCUGCGCUGGAAUGUGCUGGGCCUUCAGGGGGCGCUGCUGUCACAUUUCAUCCACCCCGUCUAUCUUAGUUCCAUUACCUUGGGCUACCUGUACAGCCACGGGCACCUGGCACGCGCAGUCUGCUGUCGCAUGUCCAGGGAUGGUGAUGAGUUUCGAACAUCUCUACCUUAUCCGUACACGCUGAAUCACCCGCAGAUCGGCCGGGUCAGCGUGUACGACUCGACGCGGCAGACUGGGAAAACGAAGGAGUCUAGCGUGAACUGGUCCCUGGCGGAUGGGUCUGAGGUGGAGGUCCUGGAUGGAACCAAGGGGAAAGUAGAUGGACCCCAGCUGGACAUCUCCCGCGUGUCCAAAAGCAACCUGUAUGAUCUGUUCCGCCAGCUGUGUGCCAAGACUGGGCGCCAGGACCUGCUGGGAUUGGCCUCCUACUCGGACGCCAAGGAGGCAGCCGCGGACUUCCAAAACGCCCGGACCCUGUUCUUCAAAGCCCUGGAGCAGAUGAACUAUGGAAACUGGAUCCAGAAGCCUUCGGAGGAGAAAAGUUUCAUGAAGAGCGAGGCGUAGCUGAUCCUUCAGGGCUGCGUUGGGGUGGAUCGGGGAACAUUUCUGUACAGAGGUUGUAGAGAGUUUAAACAAACACACACACAUGCACACAACUUUUAAAGAGAAGUGCAUAUAAUUCCAGAAGUUCCUUUAUAAAUCUGUAAAAUGUUUAUAAUCGAAUAUAGUUUAAAUCCAAUGAUAUAGACAAUUUAAAGAGAGUUACUUGGGUUUAGAGUGGGGUGGGGUGGGUGCCUUUUUCACACGCAGUCCUUAGCUCGGGUUGACAGUUCUGCUGGGUAGGAAGGUCCUUGGAGGGUGGAGGGAAUUCCUGCUUCAGCACGAUGGUGUACUCUCUCUCUGUUAGCGCAGAGUUAAUUUUGAGUUGAGAAAUGGGAGUAACCAUUUAAAUAGAGCGUUAAUAGAGUCAUAGAACACUACAGCACGCAAAUAGGCCCUUCAGCCCAUCUAGUCUGUGCCGAACUAUUAAUCUGCCUAAUCCCACUGACCUGCACCUAGACCAUAGCCUUCCAGACCCCUCCUAUCCAAGCACUGUACCUGUCCAACUUUCUCAUAAGUGCUGAAAUCGAACCAAACCCACAUCCACCUGCAGCUCGUUCUAUACCUUUAUCACCCUCUGAGUGAAGAAGUUCCUCUUCAUGUUGCCCUUAAACAUUUCACCUUUCACGCUUAAGCCAUGACCUCUAGUUCAAGUCUCACACAAUCUCUGGAAAAUAACCUGCUUGCAUUUGCCCUGUCUAUACCCCUCAUAAUUUUGUAUUACUCAAUCAUAAUUUUGGUUAUGAUUGAGUCUUGGGCAUUUAGAAGCAUUUACUUUCCCGUUUCUCUGCUGCUGGGAGAUGGAGGUUGGUAGAGUUCAGUUCCUGGGAGUCAAUGUGCCAAGUCCUCCCCUAAGACUACCCCAUCACUGUGGAGGCUAAUCAGUGUAAAUUAAUGGCACUGGUCGGACCAAGUGUGAAAAUUACUGCUUUCUGCUUGCAUUUCCUGAGCCUGGACUUCCUCGGUAGCUAUGGGAAAGAUUGAAAGGAAGAAAGCAAGAGGAACGCAAAGACAAAUGAUGAUGGAGACAGCAGCCAGAGAACUGGGAAUGAAUACCAAUGAAUUGAUCCACUUGACCCGAAACAGGAGUGUGUGGACCAUGGCAGUCAAAGCUCAAACUGGGCACGGCACCUGAUGUUAAUGAUGGACUUCCUCGGCUGACACUUUCCGAUGUCUGAGGUGUCAGACUGCACUUCACGCCUACUUUGAAUCCCUCCUCCCUGCCUCCGGUUACAGAGUCGCUCCCAGCUUUUUGGACUUGUGCUACACUUCUAGCCCCGGGAGUCCUUCCUUAUCAGCAGGCCUUCACCGAGUCCAUGUUAGUUCUCCUUCAGCCACUUCAGACUGCAACAAGGGAGCUGGAGCACCGCAGACUGGGACAGAGGGGCAGAAUUUUGGCCCAGAGCUAAUUAAAGCGUCAGUGAUUUGUUUGCAGAAGUUUAAUUUCUCCUGGUUAAUGAACCCUUCCCACAAUAAUCUGCCACUGUACACUAUCAGUGGAGACAGAUCUGUCACUGGGUACAGUACUGGUGAGAACGGGUCUGUCACUGUAUAACACCGUGUUACGUACUAGUGGGGACAGGUCUGUCAUUGUAUAACAGGGUACAGUACUGGUGAGGACGGGCCUGUCACUGUAUAACACCGUGUUACGUACUAGUGGGGACAGGUCUGUCAUUGUAUAACCGUGUUAUGUACUAGUGGGGACGGGUCUGUCACUGUAUAACACUGGGGUACAGUACUGGAGGGGACGGGUCUGUCACUGUAUAACACCGUGAUACGUACUAGUGGGGACAGGUCUGUCAUUGUAUAACAUGGGUACAGUACCGGUGAGGACAGGUCUCUGUAUAACACCGUGUUACGUACUAGUGGGGACAGGUCUGUCACCGUAUAACACUGGGGUACAGUACUGGUGGGGACGGGUCUGUCACUGUAUAACACUGUGAUACGUACUAGUGGGGACAGGUUUGUCAUUGUAUAACCGUGUUAUGUACUAGUGCGGACAGGUCUGUCAUUGUAUAACAUGGGUACAGUACCGGUGAGGACAGGUCUGUCUCUAUAUAACACCAUGUUAUAUACCGAUGGGUUACAAUGUUACCGGCAGGGACAGGUCUCUGUAUAACACCGUGUUACAUACUUGUGGGGACAGGUCUGUCAUUGUAUAACACUGGGGUACAGUACCGGUGAGGACGGGUCUGUCUCUGUGUAGCACCAGUGUUAUGUACUGAUGGGGACAAGUCUGUCUCUGUAUAAUUCUGGGGUGCAGUACAUUUCCACUCUGUCUAGGUCGUACAGUAUUCAAUAAGUUUGAGUGAGAUGCUCCUUCAUUAAUUUUAACUCCAGUGAGUGUGGUCCCAAAGGCAUCAAAUGCUCCACGUACAUUAACCCUUUCAUUCCCGGGAUCAUUCUUAUGAAUCUGCUUUGGACCCUCCCCAAUGUCAGUAUCCAUAGAUAUGGGGCCCAAAACUUAAGUUUGUGAAAAUGACUUAUGUUUUUUUUUGCCAUCCAGUUGAAGGUGCCUGUCAGUGCUGAAGCGUCCAGCCCCCUCUGUUUGUGUGAGGUAACAAAUAGGAGGGAGGGAGGGUGGUGUUGAGGGAGGGACAUGCAGAGGGUACCUUCCCCGGAGGCCGGUGGCUGUGCCAUGGCCCCUGUGGUUCCUGCUUCUUGCCGUCACUAGGUGUGGGGAGUCGUCGCUCUAAACCUACGGAAUCCUUCAUGAAGCGAACCAGAGCACCCAGUGCUGUGAGGCUUUGAGUGAAAGUGACCCCACAUCUUAGCGGAAAUGCAUGGCAUGUCAAACCGCCUGAUCCCAGCGUUUGUUAGUGAACCUAUUUUGUUUGGGGGGUGGUAGAAGUGGGUGGGGGAGGGUGCUACGUGUUACUUUACUGCGUGUGUGUGUGUAUAUAUAUAAGCUCCAUUUUUACAAAAUUUUGUUUUUUGUAACAAGUAGUCUCGUUCUGUUCCAUUA